CUCUUCAGAUCUGCUGCUCCGUUUCAUAUCCGUUUCUACUCAUCACCAGAAUCAUGACAACAACAAUUCCCAAGUUUGCUCACUUACAAAUCCCACUUGAAGACGUAGUAAAGGCCACCGACAACUUUCAUCAUGAUAACAUCAUCGGACGCGGUGGAUUGGGACACGUAUACAAAGGACAACUCCAGCGGUCCGGUGAGUUGAUCAAGAUUUCUGCGCUGAGGUUAGAUCGUAAGCACGGUGGAGGAGUCGUCGAGUUCUGGACGGAAGUUUCAAUGCUUUCAGAUCUCAAGCAUCCAAAUAUAGUCUCUAUUGUCGGAUUUUGUGAUGACAAACAUGAGAAGAUCAUUGUGACCACGUAUGAGGCCAAAAAUGGAAGUCUCAAGGAGCAUCUAAGCAACCCGAACCUCACAUGGACGCAAAGAUUGAAGAUAUGUGUAGGCGUGGCUCGUGCUUUGAGUUACCUCCAUUGUGACGAGGGACGUGGCUAUGGUGUUAUACAUCUUAACGUCAACAGCUCCACAAUUUUAUUAGACGAGAACUGGGAACCCAAGUUAUCCGGUUUUAAAGUUUCGAUCAAACAAUCACUUAACCGAAUGGACCAGGUCUUCCUUUCUGAACCUAUUGGCACAAUAGGGUAUAUUGACCCAGAAAUUGGAAAGACCAAAGGUGUGACCUGCAAGUCGGAUAUCUACGCAUUCGGUGUUGUUUUAUUCGAGAUAUUGUGUGGGAGGAGAGCAUAUAUUAGGAACGAUGCUAAUAGGUUCUUAGCUCCAUUGGUCAUGCAACAUUAUGAAAACGAAACGUUGCCAGAUAUAAUCCAUCCCGAUCUAAAGAAUCAAAUGUCCGGAUUCCAAAUAUCCGUAAGAUCACUCAGAACAUACUCAGAAAUGGCAUAUUCUUGCUUAAAGGAAGAGCGAUCACAUCGCCCACAUAUGCUCAACAUUGUUAAUGAACUUGAGAAAGUAUUGGAGAAAGCAUUGAAGUUUCAACCCCCACCACCUGAAAAUUUUGGAAAUAACUUGGAACACUUGAAGAUUGAGCUUGAUGAUAUAAAGUUAGCCACCCAUAAUUUUUCAGACACAAAUGAAAUUAUCUCUAGUGAUUGCUAUACUUGGUACUCAAUAGAACUCUGCCAUUUUGAUAAAGAAAACGCUUCUUUCAUAGAAGGGAUAAGUAAAAGUAAACUAUUUAAGAGACACGACGCAGUUGUUAUAAAGCGCUUCCUUCUUGAAGUUGACGAGCUCGAAGAAGAAUUAUUUUUCACAGAACUUGAAGUGCUUGCUAGUGUUAAGCAUCACAACAUAGUCACUCUAAUAGGAUUUUGUGUUGAAGGUUUUGAGAUGAUACUCGUCACCGAGAAAUUUUCUAAUGGAUCACUUGGUGAUUAUUUGGGUAACGCAAAAAAAAUGCAUAAUUUGACUUGGGAAAAACGUUUGAAAAUCUGCAUUGACGGUGUUCACGCACUGAAUUACCUUCAUUAUGAGAUGGCAGAUAAAAAAAUGAUGAUACACAGUGAUAUAGAUCCUUUUAGAUUUGGGUUGUAUGAGAAUUGGAGGGCAAAGAUCCAAGACUUUGAGUUGGCAGUAUUCCUGCCUCCAAAUCAAAAAGACGAAGCUCUAUGUAAAAGAACAUAUUUUAAGUCAACGUGGCACGUGGAUCCAGAAUAUGUGAAGACUGGUAAGCUAAAAAGAGAGUCGGAUGUGUAUAGCUUUGGAGUAGUUAUGUUUGAAAUUCUAUGCGGAAGAAGAGCUCAGGACCAAAUUUACCUUAAGCAGAGUGAGAAAGGGUUGGUUCAUGUUGCAAGACAAAACUUCUCCAAUGGGACAAUAGAGGACAUCAUAGAUCCUAUACUAAAGGAAGAAACUGGUAAACAGAGUCAUAGUCCAAUUAGAAGAGCCAACAAGGAUUCUUUGUACACAUUUUUAAAAGUUGCAAACCAGUGUGUGGCGGAGACUCAAGACCAACGCCCAACAAUGAAAGCUGUUCUCAACGAACUUGAGAAAGCACUGGUCUUUCAAGUAAGUCAGGAGGAGCAAGUACAUGAGCCAAAUAAGGACCAAGUUGUCGAGGAACUUCAGAUAACAACUUUUCAAAUUCCUGUAAGACCUUCCUUUUUUUUACUUCAUCUUUUUGGUUGGUAA